AAGACAAGAAGAGGCUCCCACACUGCUCCGGGGCCAGGGGCAACGUGUUCAGCGUGGACCAACACUGCCAGAGGUGAGAUUAACUGCUUGCAGUGUCAUCCAUCAGUGCCCAGAAUUGUCGCCUGUCAGUGCUGCCCAGCAGUGCCACCUGUCAGUGCCCAGCAGUGCCACCCAUCAGUGCCCAGCAGUGUCGCCUGUCAGUGCUGCCCAGCAGUGCCACCUGUCAGUGCCCAGCAGUGUCGCCCAUCAGUGCCACCCAUCAAUGAUGCCCAGCAGUGCCGCCCAUCAGUGCCACCCAUCAAUGAUGCCCAGCAGUGUCAUCCAUCA